CCCCGCCUCUCGCCACCUGCCCAACCGUGAAUUGAAAAUGCUGGGAAAGGGAUCGAGAGAACGCAACGCCGCCAACUCGGCCGGCUAGCAUAAAUCCAGCCCAGCAAUGCUCUGCUUCUCGCGCUCUCUCUCUAUGUAAAACUGUGUUCCUUUCCUGGGUUUCUCUCUCUCUCUCUCUCGCCAUUAAUGCUGCGCUGCCUGGGUAGCUAGCUAAGCUUAGCUGCCUUCCUCGCCCGGCUGCGCUGGCCGGCCGCUCGCCAAGAGCAUAAGCUUAGCAUCCCUCAGUCUUGUGGAGUUGAAGUCUCGAAGAAGAGAAGCAAAUAAUAUGGGGGAGGGAAACGGGGUGGCUUGGGCGGGGGCGCUGUCGCCGGCGGCGCGGUACGCGGAGUCCGGAGGCGCGAGCCUGACAUGGGAGAACCUGACGGCCGUGCUGCCGGGGUCGGGCGGUCGGGCCACCAAGAAGCUCCUGCAGGGGCUCUACGGCUACGCCGUGCCCGGCAGGAUCGUCGCCAUCAUGGGGCCCUCCGGCUCCGGCAAAUCCACACUCCUCGACUCCCUCUCCGGGAGAUUGGCGAGGAAUGUGCUCCAGACCGGCAAGGUGCUGCUCAACGGCAAGAAGAGGCGGCUCGACUUCGGCGCGGUGGCGUACGUGACGCAAGAGAACGUGCUGCUGGGGACGCUGACGGUCCGUGAGACGGUGACCUACUCGGCGCUGCUCCGGCUGCCGUCGAGCAUGAGCAAGGCGGAGGUGCGUCGCGUGGUGGACGACACGCUGGACGAGAUGGGCCUCCGUGAGUGCGCGGAGCGGCCCGUGGGCACGUGGCACCUCCGGGGCGUCAGCGGCGGCGAGAAGAAGCGGCUGUGCAUCGCGCUGGAGAUCCUGACCAGGCCCCGGCUGCUGUUCCUGGACGAGCCCACCAGCGGCCUCGACAGCGCCUCCGCCUUCUCCGUCAUCGAGACGCUCCGCCAGCUCGCCCGCGACGGCGGCCGCACCGUCGUCUCCUCCGUGCACCAGCCCAGCAGCGAGGUCUUCGCGCUCUUCGACGACCUUUGCCUCCUCUCCAGCGGCGAGUCCGUCUACUUCGGGGACGCCAAGCUCGCACCGCAGUUCUUUGCAGAAACGGGGUUCCCCUGCCCAAGCCGGAGGAACCCGUCUGACCAUUUCCUCCGGUGCGUCAAUGCCGACUUUGACGAUGUCGCCACGGCCAUGAAAGGAUCCAUGAAACUGCGAGCAGAGGCAGAUCUUGAUCCUCUGUUGAAGUACUCAACGGCAGAGAUCAGAGAGCGGCUCGUGGAGAAGUACAGGAUUUCGGACUACGCCUUGAUGGUCAAAAACACAAUUCACGAGAUUACCAAAAUAGAGGGUGUGGUGGAGGAGGCUGUGAAGGGCAGCCAAGCGACGUGGUGCAAGCAGCUGCGGACGCUGACGAAGCGGUCCUACAAGAACAUGUACCGCGACUUCGGCUACUACAGGCUGCGCAUCAUCAUCUACGUGCUCAUGGCCAUCUGCCUCGGCACCAUCUACUACGACGUCGGCAACGGCUACACGGCCAUCCAGGCCCGGGCAUCGUGCGGCGGUUUCGUCUCCGGCUUCAUGACCUUCAUGUCCAUCGGCGGCUUCCCCUCCUUCAUCGAGGAGAUGAAGGUCUUCUCCCUGGAGCGGCAGAACGGCCACUACGGCGUGGCGGCAUACAUCAUCUCAAACUUCCUCUCCUCAAUGCCGUUCUUGUUCACCAUGUCCUGGGCCAGCGCCUCCAUCACCUACUGGAUGGUCAAGUUCCGGCCGGGGUUCAGCUACUUCGCCUUCUUCGCCCUCAACCUCUACGGCGGCGUCUCCGUCAUCGAGAGCCUCAUGAUGAUCAUCUCCGCGCUCGUGCCCAACUUCCUCAUGGGCCUCAUCCUCGGCGCAGGCGUCAUUGGGAUCAUGAUGCUCACGUCUGGAUUUUUCCGGCUGCUACCGGAACUUCCCAGGAUAUUCUGGAAAUAUCCGGUGUCCUACAUUGUCUAUGGCUCUUGGGGUUUGAAGGGUGCAUACAAGAAUGACCUGCUCGGGCUGGAGUUCGAGCCGAUGACGCCGGGGGAGCCGAAGCUGACCGGCGAGUACAUCAUCACCAACAUGAUGGGGCUGAGCGUCAGCUACUCCAAGUGGCUGGACCUGGCCAUGAUCUUCAUCCUCCUCCUCGCCUACCGCGUCACCUUCUUCUUCGUCCUCAAGGUCAAGGAAGCCGCCGCGCCCUACAUCCGGGUCGCCUACACGCGGUUCACCGUCAAGCGCCUGGAGCGGCGGGCGUCCUUCAGGGAGACGCUGGCCAUGACGUCGCUGUCCAAGCGGCACAACACGCCGCACCCCAUGGCCGUCCAGGAGGGGCUCAGUUCCCCCUUGCCCUACUGAUCCAUCCGUUUUUCGCCAACACAACACAACAAAAAGAGCGUGCAACUGACUGCCCAGUUGUUUGAGCUUGAUUACUUACUGUACGAUGAUAGCCGUGCGUCUGUCACGAUUACUUGUGUAUGCGUUUUGCCUUGCAGCUGCUCGCUGGAAGCUGGAAGGGGUUCAUACGAAUACUGAUAAGUGUAUUCUUUAAAAGAUUGGUUUUACUGUAAGAAGAAGUAUUUGCAGCCAAUACGUACACAACACAAAGACCAUGUAAUUGUUUUCGCUCGUUGUUAGUCUUCUUGUGGAAGGUAAAAGGCAAAGUCAUUUCUA